AUGCCGGCUGCAAGAACACAUUGGAUCUUCGACGACUCCAAGCAAGUCAACAAUGUCUGCCCGGGGAUGCUCGGCUUCAAGGUCCGCAGCCCGAGCUCGCCGCCGGCGAUACCACACAUCGAUGCCCAAAAGCGAUGUCAAAUUCGACACCGAUAUUGUGUUGAGAAAAUCUCCGUCGGACCCGAAAAGGACAUCCGAAUCGCAACUAGGAAGGUCUUCGUCCUCCUGGGUGUUCUCGGCAACGAGGCUCAGCUCUGA